UAAAACUGCGCUUGCGCACUGAGUCUCUUCCUUUCUGGGCUUAGACCUAGUUUGCGGCGAAAUGGCUAAACGCACCAAGAAGGUCGGGAUCGUGGGUAAAUACGGGACCCGUUAUGGUGCCUCCCUCAGGAAAAUGGUGAAGAAGAUUGAAAUAAGCCAGCACGCCAAGUACACUUGCUCCUUCUGUGGCAAAACAAAGAUGAAAAGACGAGCUGUGGGGAUCUGGCAUUGUGGCUCCUGCAUGAAAACCGUCGCUGGUGGCGCCUGGACCUACAACACCACUUCUGCUGUCACAGUAAAGUCUGCCAUCAGAAGACUGAAGGAGUUGAAAGACCAGUAGAAGCUUCACCAUUUGAAACAUUGCUAGCCUAUAAUAAAUGGGUUAAUUUAUGUAACAAAAGUACUUUGGCUUGUUGUUAAAUUUAUUAAUUAGAUCUUUCAAUUUGUGUUGCAUUAGUUUUGCUUUCUCAAAGGCUUUGGAAAUUAAAAAUCCUUCUAAUUUUUAUUGGAAAA